AGUGAACGGUGGUACAACACUACACUACACUAAACUCUGCUGCUCAUCUACCGGGGCGAAUCCACACCACCAAAUCAUUAAAAGAUUUUCUUUUCUUUCGUGCAGUGAAUGUGACCGCGAGUAGUGUAGUGUAAAAAUAGUUGUGUCCUCCGAAACUCGUGGAGAGAAAAAAACUUAAAAAUUUUUUUAAGUUAAAAAUAUAAAAUAACAAAAAAACAAACAAAAUGGGAAUUAAAUUCCUAGAAGUUAUCAAACCAUUCUGCAGUAUACUGCCGGAAAUCGCCAAACCCGAGCGAAAGAUCCAAUUCAGGGAAAAGGUGCUAUGGACCGCAAUAACACUCUUCAUCUUCCUUGUCUGCUGUCAAAUUCCUUUGUUCGGUAUUAUGAGCUCCGAUUCAGCGGAUCCCUUCUACUGGAUUCGUGUAAUUCUCGCUUCGAAUCGUGGUACCCUAAUGGAAUUGGGUAUUUCCCCAAUUGUCACAUCCGGAUUAAUCAUGCAAUUGUUGGCUGGUGCCAAAAUCAUUGAAGUCGGUGAUACACCAAAAGAUCGUGCCCUCUUCAAUGGAGCGCAAAAACUCUUCGGUAUGGUCAUCACAAUUGGUCAGGCUAUUGUCUACGUCAUGACUGGAAUGUAUGGUGAUCCAUCAGAAAUUGGAGCUGGUGUUUGCUUGUUGAUCAUCAUCCAAUUGUUCGCUGCCGGUUUGAUUGUUUUGUUAUUGGAUGAGCUUUUGCAAAAGGGAUACGGUCUAGGAUCUGGUAUUUCACUCUUCAUUGCCACAAACAUUUGUGAGACAAUUGUGUGGAAGGCAUUCUCACCAACCACUGUGACAACUGGACGUGGUACCGAAUUCGAAGGAGCUGUAAUUGCUCUGUUCCAUUUGAUGGCCACACGCAAUGACAAAGUUCGCGCAUUGAGGGAAGCUUUCUAUCGCCAGAAUUUACCCAAUUUGAUGAACUUGUUGGCUACCGUUCUCGUUUUUGCCGUGGUCAUAUACUUCCAAGGUUUCCGUGUCGAUCUACCAAUCAAGUCAGCACGUUACCGUGGACAAUACAGCAGCUAUCCAAUUAAAUUGUUCUACACAUCGAACAUCCCAAUUAUUUUGCAAUCGGCUCUCGUUUCCAACUUGUAUGUGAUCUCACAGAUGUUGGCUGUUAAGUUCCAUGGCAAUGUGUUUAUUAACUUACUCGGAGUGUGGGCUGAUGUUGGUGGUGGCGGCCCAGCGAGGUCGUAUCCAAUUGGUGGAUUAUGCUACUAUCUUUCGCCGCCAGAAAGUGUGGGGCACAUUCUGCAGGACCCAAUUCAUGCGAUAUUGUACAUUGUCUUCAUGUUGGGAUCAUGUGCGUUCUUCUCCAAGACGUGGAUUGAUGUGUCUGGAAGCUCUGCCAAGGAUGUUGCUAAACAAUUAAAAGAACAGCACAUGGUUAUGCGCGGUCAUCGUGAGAACUCAAUGAUCCACGAAUUGAAUCGUUACAUUCCCACAGCGGCUGCUUUUGGUGGUCUCUGCAUUGGCGCAUUAUCAGUGUUAGCUGAUUUCCUCGGCGCCAUUGGGUCAGGAACUGGUAUUCUGCUGGCCGUAACAAUCAUUUAUCAAUACUUUGAAAUCUUCGUUAAGGAGCAAUCUGAAAUGGGUGGCAUGGGCACGUUGCUAUUCUAAGAAUAUCAACAACAACAAAAAAAACA